AAAAGGUGGAUGCCUACUGAAAAUGUUGAUCUUGAUAAUGUAAAACAAGCUUCAUUGAAUACACAAUUGUCAUAUUCUAAUAUUGGAUUUAGAUUUCUCCAAAAGAUGGGUUGGAAAGGAAAAAGUCUUGGGAAGGAUGAACAAGGAAUAAUUGAGCCAAUAAGGUCUGGUAUGCGGGAUGCAAAAUUGGGAGUUGGAAAACAAAAAGAGGAUGAUUUUUAUACUGCUGAAGAAAAUAUCCAAAGGAAGAAACUUGACGUGGAGUUAGAGUAG